CCCCAGCGGACCUAUGUGCUGCGGUGUGCACCUGCAAGCAUCAACCUCGGUUUAGUUAUUUUAUCCUCUUGCAGAUAAUUUGUUCCAAGGUGGAGGCUCAUAAAGAUGAAACGUUUGCAAGGAGUAUGUUUUGCUCUUUGCUUUGGAUACGUGCAAAAUACAGUUGCUCUCUUUUGCCCGAGCGGACAAUUUGCUCUGAAGCAUCAAUGUGUUGGCUGCCAUCCUACCUGUUGGGAAUGCAACGGACACGAGCUGUUUGAGUGCACGAAAUGUGGCGUCGAUGAAGACGGGCAGGAGCGCUUUUUCCACCAAGGUCGUUGCCGGCUGCACUGUCCCAGAGGGUUCUACCCUGAGCAGGACCUGUUCACCUGCGAGCCCUGCAUGGUAAACUGUGAGCUGUGCGCCGACGCCAAGGUCUGCGCCAAGUGCACAGGAAACUACAAGCUUCAAAGUGGAGUCUGCCACACCACAGAAUGCAAAGAAGGGCAGGUGGAAGAUCCUGAAACCGGAGAAUGCAUUGACUGUGAAACUGGAUGUGAAACAUGCUCUGCAGAUGACCCCGAACUUUGUAAAAGUUGCAUGGAAGGCUAUUUCUUGUACAGAUACCAAUGUCGCAGGGGCUGCCCUCAAAAGACCUACCGGGAUGAGGGGAAGAAGAUGUGCUUUGCCUGUCCAACUCCCUGCAUUGACUGCAGGAGCGACAGCCUCUGCCUGUCCUGCCAGGCUGGCCAUUAUUUAAGUGAUGGAUCUUGUGUAAAGCAAUGCCCAGAUGGCACCUAUGGUGAACCAAGCAGCUGGCGCUGCGAAUCUUGUCACGGAUCCUGCCAGACCUGCCACGGGUCGCUGCCGAGGAACUGCGAAUCCUGCCCUCACGGGAACCUGCCUAUGUACGGGCAGUGCCCCACUACCAGCUGUGUGGAGGGCCAGUAUAUGGAUGCUGCUGACAAUAAGUGUUACAGCUGUGAUGUCUCCUGCAAGACCUGCUUCGGACCUCAAGCACUGGACUGUUCCUCAUGUUGUACUGGUUAUUUCCUUGACCAGGAGGGGGCCUGUGUGGAGUAUUGCCCUAUGGGCUACUUCAUCAACCCUGCCACCCAGCUGUGUGAAGAGUGCUCUGCAAACUGUGAGAGCUGUGAGGGGGGCGCUGAGAAGUGCCUCCGCUGCAAGAAGGGACAAUUCCUCCAUCAGGGGAAUUGCUGGUCUAACUGCCCAGAGGGUUACUUUGAAAGUGCAGAGGGCACAUGUGAAGCCUGCGACAGCCUUUGCCUGAGCUGUGAUGAGAAUAAAAGUAACUGCAUGUCAUGUGCUGUGGGGCUGUACCUGGAGAAUGGGAGCUGCAGUCCUAACUGCUCAGUCAAGUACUACCCUGACGUGGACAGGACCUGCAGACACUGCUCGGCACACUGUGACACCUGCACCGAUGGGAAAACCUGUAAAGCGUGCAGCUAUUUAUACCUGCUUCUCGAUGGCAUGUGCAAGGCCACCUGUCCUAAAGGGUAUUUUGAGGACUUGGACCAGGGGAAGUGCAUCCCCUGCCACUCUACCUGUGCAAGCUGCUCGGGGACACAGCAUGAUGACUGUGACAGCUGCUCCUCCCAGUCUCCAAGGCUGUACGAGGGGCAGUGCUCCGUGGAAUGCCCUGCUGGAACUUACUAUGAGUCUUCAGCCAACGAAUGCCAGGAAUGUGACAGGACUUGUUCUAGUUGUACUGGACCAGAACUGACAGACUGUACAAAGUGUAAGAAGGGGCUUGCCCUGAAUCCUGAUACGAUGAUGUGUGGGGUGACUGGGGAUUCCAACUGCCCUCCUAAAACGUUCCUGCAUGAUAACCAGUUCACCUGUGUGGCCUGCCACAAGCAGUGCGAGUCCUGUAAUGGACCCAAUGCCAACGACUGCCAGACCUGCACUCUACCCAACUACCUGUACAAUGGCACGUGUCUAACAGUCUGCCCAGCUGGCACAUUCGAGUCCAGUGAAGAAGCUGAUGGUGUUGGGCUGGGUUUUUGUUCUGCUUGUGACCAUGUCUGUGCGACUUGUACAGGAGCCUCCCCUAAAGACUGUAUAACGUGUUCUUCAGGCUAUUUCAGAUUCAUGCAUCUCUGCAUUUUACACUGUCCAGCUGGGUAUUAUCGCGGGACCACCCAUUGUGAUAAAUGUGACCCGUCAUGCCGGCUGUGCUCAGGCCCCGGGCCUCAGGCUUGCCUGUCCUGUCCUCCCCACAUGCUGCAGCUGGAGGGGACUAGGCAGUGUGUGGAGCACUGCCCAGAGAGAUUCUACCAGGAGAACUACAAGUGCAAACAGUGCCACACAAGCUGCAAAACAUGUAAAGACUACACACCACAGGGCUGUCUGACCUGUGACUGGGGAAGUACAUUACAGAACGGGAUCUGCUACCCUCGCUGUGAGGAACAGCGCUACCUCUCAGAGGAUGAGGUCUGCAAACUUUGUGACAGCUCCUGCAGACACUGUUCUGGUCUAGGCCCCAAUCAGUGUGUGAGUUGCAAACUGAACUUCGCUCUGCACCCAACUGAAAAGAGAUGCAUUGAGUGCUGUGAGGGGAAUCAGACCGACUGCUGUCUUUGCUCUACUAACUCAGCUCUGUGUAUAGAGCGUCCAAAUCCUGAGCUGGAGAGGAGGCUGAUGUCGGAGAACAUGAACUCGCUGGUGAUCUCCCAUGUGUCUGCUACAGUGCCUGCUCUGGUAAUGCUGGUCCUGGUGAUCACAUUGGCCGUGUUUGGUCUGUACCAGGCUCGGGCCAGGAAGAAGCUGUGCUGGAAAUUGAGUUACGAGAGGCUGAGCGGCAGUGCUGAUCCCAGUGCUUCGUACCGACGCGACAUGCUGCACGGCGUUCCGGACCCUGACGACAGUGCUGACGAGUCCGAUGUGGUCUACACCAGCAGUGAUGGCACAGUGUACCACCGAUACAACUUCAUAAAGGCUCAGGACGAGGAGGCAGAGGAACAUGAACAUCAGACUGCUUAUUUAAACAAGGCAAGGUGUUAGAUCAUCUUGGCAAAACCAGUAUCCAUCUCAGAUAUAUUUAAACCUCUGAUGAAUGUGUGCCUUAAUUCACAAAUGCCUGGGUUUAUAAUUUGAGUUCUGGUGUUGGCAAACAAUUGCAUUAUUAGCUCUAAGAGUGUCCCAUGUCAUUUAUGAUCAUGGUAAUAUCAUAAGACCCUAACCCAGAAGGUUUGAGUUGUACAGCAAUUUCUGCAUUUCAUUUUCCAAUUUUAAUAAUUUCAUUUGCACAUUACUUUGCCUUUAAACACUAUCUCUUAUUAACUGUUUCACUUGCCCAUUUUACAAGGCAGCCUUUAUAACUGUUCAUUUUUGUUAAUGGGCAGUUAUGUGUCUACCAGUUUCAGAAAGCAGUGUUGAAGAGAGAUUACAGGUUUUCAAAGCAUGUACAGGUAAUGUAUAGUCCCCCAUACAGUAUAAUUAGUAUGAUUUACAUUUAAUAAAGUUUUUAUAUUUAAAAGCAUUGUUGACAAUAACAGUUAUAUACAUGUUAUUAGUUAAGGGGCACUUUGCCUUAAAUUUUACCCUUUUUUAACAUUUGAUAUUUCUGAUACAUACAAAGCACGGAUAAUGAGAUUCCCUCACACAGGGUUAUCAAGCUGCAGUAGGCUAUACAAUAAGAGUCAAGGAUCUCACUAGUAUUUUUAUUACACCAUCACGGAGUAUCACAGCAGUCCAGUUGUACUUACUGGGAGCAAGAAAUUAGUAAAAUAAUAUAUGAAAGCUAGCAUAAUAUUAAAAGAAUUGUAUAGAAAACAGAGAAUCCUAUACUUUCAUAGAGAUCUUUUAAUAGUUUGUAUUGAGGGACCUGAACUAAAACUAGCAAGUUCAGUGGAGUUAGUGCUAUUGAAACCUUGUGAUUUUUGUAUAUUAUGUAUCCAAAAUAAAAAAUAGCCUGACAAACUUUUUUUUUUUGUUUUGUUUUUUUUCAACCCACAAAAAAUAUGCAUUGUACAUAUACAGUAAUCUGUGGCAUGUCCGCCCAUCAUAGCCACCCUACAUGUUUAUCCACAAUGCUCAAGCUCUUCAGCAAGGUUAUUUUAUUAUUGAACAGAGAAGAUUAGUUCAGAUAUUGUAGAUCUUCCGUCAUUGCUGGUAGUGUAACAUGAGCUGUUUGGUAUGUUGAUAUGUAAAUAAAUCCUGUUCAC